AUGUUGUUCAACGUCGUCACUCUUUUGGCUCUUGCCCCUUCUGUUCUUGCUGCAAUCACAGACAAUGGUGACAAGAAGAAGCGCAGUGUUGUCCCUGGUGGAUACAUUGUCGAAUUCGAGGAUGUCAUGUCCAUUGCAUCUGAUACCAAAUCCAGUUUUUACUCCGAUCUUUCAGACAAGCAAAUGAACCCUACUCACCGCAUGGAUCUCUCUUCUUCCAUCUUCAAGGGGCUCUCGUUCCACGUUGAUACAGGCCUCGACCAGGCAGUGGUGGCUUCAGAUAUUCAAGCCAUGCCCAUUGUACGCAAGGUCUGGCCUAUCUCACUCUACGACAAGCAAGAUUUCGCAACCGCUCCUUGGACCAAUGGAUCAAACUCUUCAUCCUCUUCUGAUACCUUCUCUACUCACAUUAUGGGCCAUGUCGACAGACUGCACGCUGAAGGCUUGACCGGAAACGGCACUUUUGUUGCUAUCAUUGACACUGGUAUUGACUACAACCACCCGGCCCUUGGUGGCUGUUUCGGCCCUGGAUGCAAGGUCGCCCAUGGAUAUGAUUUGGUCGGUGAUAACUAUGAUGGUACAAACAUCCCUGUGCCCGACCCUGACCCGUACUCUGGUUGUAAUGAGCACGGAACUCACGUUGCCGGUAUCGUAGCGGCCGGCACUAACCCUUACAACUUCACUGGUGUCGCUCCCGAUGCAACUCUCGGUGCUUACAGAGUCUUUGGAUGCUCCGGAAGCUCUGGCGACGACGUCCUGAUCGAUGCCUUCACCCGUGCAUACGAAGAUGGAGCCGAUAUCAUCACUGCCAGUAUCGGUGGCCCCAACGGCUGGACUGAGGAGCCAUGGACUGUGGUAGUCUCACGCAUCGUUGCGGCUGGGACCCCUUGCACUCUUGCCGCCGGCAACGACGGCUCUGAAGGCCUAUUCUACGGUUCAUCUGCCGCAGACGGUAUUGGUGUCAUCGCUGUUGGAUCUAUCGACAACAUCGAAUCUCCCGUAUUCACCACUUACGGCAGAUACAGCAUCGAUAACUCAACUAAUGGUCAAUUCGGCUACCUGGCGGCUGCUAUCGGCAUGCCCAACGUCAGCCUUCCCCUCUGGGCUGUCAGCAAGGACAGCACUAACGCUGCCGAUGCUUGUGAGCCUCUGCCUGCCGAUACUGCCGAUCUUUCCGGAAAGCUUGUUCUUAUUCGUCGUGGUACCUGUACCUUCGAUACCAAGGCCGCAAACGUCGCUGCCUUUGGAGCACAGUACAUCCUGUUCUACAACAACGCCCCCAGUCUUACUUCUCCCAGCGUCACUGAUCCUGAUAUCAUUGGAGCAGCCAUGGUCUCCGCUGACCAAGGUGUCUCUUGGGCUGCUAGUCUUGCUGCCGGUUCUGCUGUCCAGGUCAGCAUUGACGGCAAAUUGACUGUCUUCUCCAGCCCGCCCAACAACGUCACUGGUGGCCACAUGUCUACCUUCUCGAUGUGGAACCCUACCAACGAAGCCUACGUCAAGCCCGAAAUUUCUGCUCCUGGUGGUAACAUUCUGUCAACCCUUCCUCUUGAGCAAGGCGGCUACGGUGUCUUGUCCGGCACUUCUAUGGCCACUCCUUUCGUUGCUGGUGUUGUUGCGCUCAUGAAGCAGGCUCGUCCUGACCUCGACCCCUACACUAUUCGUAGCAUCCUCGGCACUACUGGCCAUCCCGUCACCUUCAACGAUGGCAAGACCACCUACAACUACCUAGCUCCUGUCGUUCAGCAGGGAGGCGGCGAGGUCGACGCUUUUGCUGCCGUCCACACGUCAACCGUUAUUGACGUCGCCAACCUCGCUUUUAACGACACAGCUCAUUUUGUCAAGGAGGCAAACUUCACCAUCACCAACCGUGGUAGCAGCGAUGUUACCUACAACUUCGACUAUGUCAAUGCUGCCACUGCUUACACGCUUCCUGAUGAUGGCAGCACCCAGCCUCAAACCUUCCCUCCGGACCUCGUCACCUCUGGAGCAACCGUGCACUUGAGCUCUGGUAGCUUGAGUGUCGCAGCUGGCAAGUCCGAGGUUGUUAUCGUCACUCUGGAGCUUCCCAAAGAUCUCGCAACUGCUCGCAUUCCCGUUUACUCUGGGUUCAUCGACAUCAAGGGUAGCAACGGCGAUUCUCUUAGCCUGCCUUAUGCCGGUGUCGCAUCUUCGCUCAAGGAUGCCACUGUCCUUGACCCUAGCACUGGAUACCCCUACAUCACCAGCACCUCCGACAACACCUUCGUUCCUCUGAACUCUAGCACUGUCUUCACCAUCUCGAUCGCCAACACCACCAUUAACGGCACUACCGACAACUCGACCGGACUCCUGAUCCCCAACUUGAGAAUCGGUCUCGUCAUGCCUUCAUCUCUCAUUCGUGCAGAUCUUAUCCCCUCAAACUCCACCCUCGGCACUUACACUAACACUACUACUAUUCUUGGUGUCAAGACCCUUGGUGCUAUCGCCGGCACACCCUCCGUUUACCAACCUAGAGCCAAUGCCUGGAGUACCGCUUUCUAUGGUGUUCUUGACGAUGGAACCAGAGUUGCGCCCGGAACUUACUCUAUCCUUGUUCGCGCCUUGAGAAUUUUCGGAGAUGCGACAAACCCUGAUGAUUAUGAUAGUGCUCAGACUGAUCCUUUCACGAUCAGAUAUGUUCAUUGA